GCGCACCCGCGUGGAGAUACUGCACCGCCUCUGUGACUACCGGCUGGAUGCAGACGAUGUCUUCGAUCUCCUCAAGGGUCUGGAUGCAGACAGCCUUCGGGUGGAGCCGCUGGGUGAAGACAAUUCUGGAGCACUCUACUGGUAUUUCUAUGGAACACGGAUGUAUAAGGAAGACCCGGUACAAGGGAAACCCAAUGGAGAGCUCUCUCUGAACAGGGAAAGUGAAGGACAAAAGACUGUCUCAAGUGUUCCAGGGAAAACAGGAAAAAGAAGAGGAAGACCCCCAAAACGGAAGAAACUACAGGAGGAAAUUACAGUGAGUGAAAAGCAGGAGGAAAGCUCCUUGGCAUCUGAGCCGCAGACACGAAAUGGGUCCCAAGGGCCAGGUCAAGGAACUUGGUGGUUGCUGUGCCAAACAGAAGAAGAAUGGAGACAGGUCACUGAGAGUUUUCGGGAGAGGACCUCCCUUCGAGAGAAACAGCUCUACAAGCUCCUCAGUGAGGACUUCCUGCCUGAGAUCUGCAACAUGAUUGCCCAGAAGGAGACACCCGUACUUACAAGAAUAGAAAAACAGAAGCGCAAAGAAGAGGAAGAAGAACGCCAAAUUCUUCUCGCAGUGCAGAAGAAGGAGCAGGAACAGAUGCUGAAGGAAGAAAGGAAACGAGAGCUGGAGGAAAAGGUCAAGGCAGUGGAAGAUCGAGCCAAAAGGAGAAAGCUCAGGGAAGAAAGGGCAUGGCUGCUGGCUCAAGGGAAAGAGCUCCCCCCAGAACUUUCCCAUCUGGACCCUAACUCCCCGAUGAGGGAAGAAAAAAAGACUAAGGACCUCUUUGAGUUGGAUGAUGAUUUCACUGCCAUGUAUAAAGUUCUAGAUGUGGUGAAGGCUCAUAAGGAUUCAUGGCCUUUUUUGGAACCAGUGGAUGAAUCUUAUGCCCCUAACUAUUACCAGAUUAUUAAGGUCCCCAUGGAUAUUUCAAGCAUGGAGAAGAAACUGAACAAUGGCUUAUACUGCACUAAGGAGGAAUUUGUAAAUGACAUGAAGACUAUAUUCAGGAAUUGUCGGAAAUACAACGGGGACAGUAGUGAAUACACCAAGAUGUCUGAUAAUUUAGAGAGGUGUUUCCAUCGGGCAAUGAUGAAGCAUUUUCCUGGUGAAGAUGGCGACACUGAUGAAGAAUUUUGGGUCAGAGAAGAUGAGAAGCGAGAAAAGAGACGGAGCCGUGCAGGGCGAAGUGGUGGAAGUCACGUGUGCACCCGCUCUAGGGACUCUGAGGGGCCUGGCAGGAAGCAGCAGCCAGUGGAGAAUGGGGGGAAGUCCCUGCCGCCUGCACGCCGAGCCUCUGGGGGUGAUCAGAGCAGCAGCGCUACGCAGCUGCCCCGGGAGCUGGGCACCUCCAGUGGCCGGGGCUUCUCCCGCCCCCCACAUUACGGAGGCGUGCCCAGCCGGGCACCCCUCCUAAACCAGAUGAGGCCAGCAGUCCCAGGAACGUUUGGUCCUCUUCGGGGGUCAGAUCCUGCCAGCUUACACGUCUCCUGUAGGGUCCCCGAGCCACACCCGGGAGAGCCUGCGCAGCAGCAUCAACCUUUUGCCAUGCAGCCUCCCGUUGGGGUGAACAGCCACCGAGGGCCCAGGCUAGGUACCCCUGAAGAGAAGCAAGUGUGUGGGGGUCUGACGCACCUUCCGAACAUGGGGUCGCAUCCUGGAUCUUUGCAGCUUGCGCAGAUGAGUGGCCCUACUGUGGAUGGAAAUAUGUUUUCUCCAACUCAAUUCCAACCAGGAUUUAUGCCUUCCAGGCAUGGUGGGGCUCCACCCCGACCUCCCGACUUUCCUGAAACCUCAGAAAUUCCUCCCAGCCAUAUGUACCGUUCAUACAAGUACCUGAAUCGAGUACACUCUGCUGUCUGGAAUGGGAACCAUGGUGCUACAAACCCAGGAUCCUUGGGGCCAGAUGAUAAGACCCCAAUGGGGCCAGGACCCUCUCACCAGCCUCGUACUCUCGGUCCUGUGAUGGACUCCCGAGUGAUGAGACCGCCUCUCCCCCCAAACCAGUGGACUGAACAAUCAAGCUUUCUACCUCAUGGAGUUCCUUCUUCAGGGUACAUGCGACCCCCCUGUAAAUCUGGUGGACACCGGCUCCAGCCACCUCCAGCCCCAGCACCAGGUUCUCUGUUUGGAGCCGCCCCCCAGGCUCUGCGGGGGGUUCAAGGCGGGGACUCCAUGAUGGACAGCCCAGAGAUGAUCGCCAUGCAGCAGCUUUCCUCCCGUGUCUGCCCGCCUGGUGUGCCUUACCACCCCCGACAGCUGACUCCCCCCCACCUACCUGGCCCUUUUCCACAGGUGGCUCACUCGCCAUCUGUAAGUGUGUCAGCCCCCAAUCCUGUCUUGGGGAACCCUGGGCGGACGCAGGAUAGCAGUGAAACACGAGAUCCUGAGAGUGACCAAGAUGCCAUGCCUGGUCUUGAGGAGAAACCACCAAGUGUUGGUGCUUCAGAGGGGGUGUACCUCAAACAACUACCUCACCCUACGCCUCCCCUGCAGACUGACUGUACCAGGCAGAGCUCACCACAAGAGGGGGAAGCAGAGGACCCGGAGCUCAAAAGUGACUCUUCAGAAUCUGGAGACAACUGUAAAGCGGCCAAGAGCAAGAAUGCUUGGUCCUCAGACAGCAGCUACACCAGUCCCGCAGCCCAAGGGUGCAUGAAGGACGUCUCCACUCUGGCAGAUAGAGAGGCGCUACCCGAAAAUGGAGUGAUUGUCGAAGUAUCCCCUUGUGGAUCACAGGUGAAGGGGCUUGGUGGCGGUGGUUCAGAAAAGCCACUCUGUCCCAGAGGCAAAAUGCUGCAGGAAACCAUAUCGUGCACGGGACAGAACCCAACGACACCUCCCAGUGCAGACCCCAGUUUGAUGGGCGGCUCUGUGAGCCAGUUUUCUCCCUUGUACAUGCCUGGCCUGGAGUACCCAAAUUCAGCUACACAUUACCACGUCAGCCCAGGCCUGCAAGGUUUGGGCCCUGUGAUGGGAAGUCGACCCUCAGUCUCGCAUUCUCAGCAUUUUCCCUCUAGAGGCUUCCAGCCUAACAACCCACACUCGGGUGUCUUUCCCCGAUACCGCCCCCACCAAAGUGUGAGGUAUUCCUAUCAGCCUCCACCUCAGCCUUCCUACCACCACUAUCAGCGGACUCCUUACUACACAUGUCCGCAGGGCCUUUCUGACUGGCAGAGGCAUCUCCACCCUCCAGGAAGCCCAAGUGGCCCUGCUCCUAGUCAGCCGCCCCCACCAAGACACCUCUUCUCAGACAAGAGCGCCAUGGCCAGUGUGCAGGGCUGUGAGACACUGAAUGCUGCCUUAACCUCCCCAAGCCGAAUGGAUGUGGUGGCUGCCAAGGUGAUUGCAAAUGAUGGGCAGGAUCCUGUCCCAGAAGAAGAGAAGCUGGACGAAUCUAUGGAGAGACCAGAGAGUCCCAAAGAAUUUUUAGACCUGGACAACCAUAAUGCAGCUACCAAGCGACAGAGUUCACUGUCAACCGGUGAAUACCUUUACGGAACUGCUCCUCCACCGCUGAGUUCAGGGAUGGGAUUUGGUUCUUCUGCUUUCCCACCCCAUGGUGUGAUGCUACAAACAGGGCCUCCUUACCCACCACAGCGGCCUGCCAGCCACUUCCAACCCCGGGCCUACUCGUCUCCUGUGGCUGCUCACCCACCUCACCGUCCCGUGGCUGCCCAGCCCAAUGGUCUGUCUCAGGAGGGCCCCAACUACCGCUGUCAGGAAGAAGGCCUGGGUCACUUUCAAGCUAUAAUGAUGGAACAGAUCGGCCCUGGGAGUGGAAUAAGGGGACCUUUCCAGGAAAUGUACAGACCGUCAGGAAUGCAGACGCAGCCAGCCCGGUCGCAGUCCUUGUUCCCAAAGACCCCGGCACCAGCAGCACCCCAGGAUGAGCUGCCCCCACAUAAGCCCCCGACAAUUCCUCUGGAUCAGAGCUAGUCCAUGGAGGAAAUAACCCCCAAGGAAAUGGAAAGCUGCACAUGAAGACUGGAACACAGAGGAUGUGGGUUCGAUCCUCCCAUCUCUCCACCACCCGCCACACCCUCCACGAGCCAUCGCCACGCCCUAGAAGCACACACCCCAGACCGCGGUCAGCCCUGGAGCUCCUGGUCAGGGCUGAUCUCGCAUAAGUAAUAGACUGUCAAGAACAAUGAACUGGAAGUAGUGAUGGCUUUUCAAGUCCUGAGACUUGUCCAGGGAAAUCAUCUUAAGCUUGGGGGGCAGGGGGACAUACUUAAGACUGGAGUGGUGCUUGUAAACUUUCAUGAGCAGCUAAACUCAGGUAUAUAUUGGGGAGGGACUACUCGUAGUAUUAAUGUGUUUGGAGCUGGGUCCAGUUUACAGAAUUUUCAUGUUGCCUUUAAAGUAAGUUUUG